AUGCUCGAGCAUCUAAGAUACAAUCUAAACCUUGUACCGAUUAAAAUUGAGGGGAAUGUAAAGAGAAGCCUUAGAGAUAACCUACGUCAUCAACAACAGUUGGCAUCAAAUUCAUCUCUCAAAUUUCAAAUCGGCGACGACUCUUCCUUUCAGUGGCCUCCCACCUAUAAAAUCAUGAACACCGCCGUCGCUUAUGGGUUUCAUAACUCGACGCCUUUUUCUCCGGCUGCGACUCGACGACCGUGCUUCAAAUCUGGCGGCUUCCGGUGUUCGAUGAAUUGCUCAAAUGAAAAUCAACAGAUGAAAAGUGGUGAGACAGUUGAUGGGUGUGCAAUGUUUUGGCGUUCAUCAAGGUUGUGGACGUUGAAGAUAUUGAUUCUUAUUAUUAAAAUCAAUGUCCAAUUUUUUUAUAGCAUCCUACUUACUCCAAAAAAUGCAAGUUCCUCCAAACAAUCGCCACAAGGCCAACACACAUGAAGUAUGUAAUCUCAAAGGGUUGUUAGAAAAAUUAAAGACAAAUCUGGAUAAGGGAUUUCAUGAUGAUAAGUCAGACAUAUAGGAGAGGAAAACUGUUUUUGGGUCAAAAACAUAACCACGAAAUAAGGAUAGCUGCUUUUGGAGGUUUGUGAUCAUUUUGAUGGUAGCUGUAGCUGCUUCUUUCACAUUGCUUAUAAAGGCAGAGGUUCUUCACAAGGUAUUCAAAUUCAAAGAAUAUUAGAAUAUGAACAUGGUCAACAACAUUCUUAUCUUCUUAUACUGAGUCAACUUACAGCAAAAUACCUAAAGCUGAAACUACAGAUGAAUUCACCCCAUCAAAUAAUUGUUUUGUCCAACAAUCACAUCCCAGUAUAUGAAAUCGUGCCUGAAUCGCAAGUUAUGAAUCACAUAUGUCGUUGUUUCUUUCAUAUAUUUUUAUGAAGAAUAAACAUGGUCUUGGUGAAUCACCUCAGCCUU